AUGCAUAUGACACCACAGCAGGAACUUGAAUUUCAAGCAGCAACGCACUGCCAUAUUUGUGAACAGUCAUUUAAAUCUGGUCAAAAGAAAGUUCGAGAUCACAAUCACCUUAUCCCGGAGAACAACUUCCGCGGAGCGGCAUGUGAGGGAUGCAACGUCAACUACCAGGACACUCAUACAAUUCCGGUGGUGUUCCACAACUUGAGUGGAUAUGAUGCUCACUUUGUGGUAGCAGAUAUUGCCACUAGAAUGGACGGCAAGAUCGACUUGCUCCCUAUAACCAAGGAGAAAUAUAUUUCUUUUACCAAACACAUCAACGAGUCACGCAUAUGCUUUAGAUUUAUAGACAGCUUCCGGUUUAUGGCAUCAUCGUUAGAUAAAUUAUCAUCAGCUCUAACGAACUUUCCUAAUCUAAAGUCACAAUUCUCUACACUACCUGAAGAUCAAUUUAAUAUUUUAACUAAAAAGGGUAUUAUGCCGUAUGAUUACUUCGACUCGUUCGACCGUUUCGAUGAGCUGUGUCUGCCUCCUCAAGAUGCGUUUUACAAUAAAUUGGAAGAUAAGCCCUGUCCCAGAAGAAUGUAUCGUAGAGCUCAGGAGGUGUGGAGCAGAUUUAACUGCAGCAACUUGGGUCAAUAUGUUGACUUGUACAUGAAGACUGAUAUUCUACUCCUUGCAGAUGUCUUUGAACAGUUUAGAUCAAGCUGUAUUAGCACUUAUGAUUUAGAUCCGGCCCACUAUUUUACACUACCAGGCUUUACUUGGGAUGCCAUGUUGAAAUACACGCGACAAGAGCUGGAACUCCUUACCGACCAGGAUAUGUUUCUCUUUGUCGAGCGGGGUAUUCGUGGAGGGUUAAGUCAAGUCUGCUCUAAAAGAAGAGCUCAUGCAAACAACAAAUAUAUGUCCAAAUAUGAUUCAACGAAACCGGAUGUCUAUCUAAUGUACAACGAUAUCAAUAACCAGUAUGGCUGGAGUAUGAGUCAAUAUCUUCCAUAUGGAGGCUUUGAAUGGGUAGACUCCAACAUCGAUAUCACUACGAUUCCGGAUGAUGCAGAUGAAGGCUACAUUCUAGAAGUUGAUUUGGAGUAUCCACAGCAUUUGCAUGACGCUCACACGGAUUUACCGUUCUGUGCAUUACACAUCAACCCGAAGACUAUGAAACCGCCAACUGAAGCUGCGGAAAUUUCAAAACUCAUGGCGACCUUAAAUAAUAAAGAAAAAUACGUCAUCCACUAUCGAGCCUUGAAGCAAGCAUUAGCCCAUGGUCUAAUUCUCUCCAAAGUACAUAGGGUACUCAAAUUUAAACAGUCCCCUUGGCUAAAGUCCUACAUUGACCUUAAUACAGAACUAAGAAAAAAAGCCAAGAAUGAAUUUGAGAAGAACUUGUUUAAGUUGAUGAAUAACGCAGUCUUUGGGAAGACUAUGGAAAAUGUCAGAAAACGGGUUAAUAUCAAAUUACUAUCCCAAUGGAAAGGACGUUACGGCGCAGAAUCAUACAUUGCGAAACCGGAAUUUAAAUCUUGCGCCAUUUUUAACGAAAACUUGGUAGCUGUAGAAUUGAAUAAGCUUGAAAUUUAUUUAAAUAAGCCUAUAUACGUUGGCCAAGCCAUUCUUGAUCUAGCCAAGACGACCAUCUACAGCUUCCAUUAUGACUACAUGAUGGAUAGAUUUGGAGAUAACUGUACUGUUCUUUACACAGAUACGGACAGCUUAAUUUACGAAAUUCGUGAACAAGACCCUUAUAUGGCUAUAAAAAGCGACUGUUUUAAAUAUUACGAUACUAGCGAUUAUGACCCCAAUAACCCAUAUGGCAUACCCCUUGUAAAUAAGAAAGUGUUGGGCAUGAUGAAAGAUGAAAAUAAUGGACAGAUAAUGACCGAUUAUGUAGGAUUACGAUCGAAACUGUACACCACUAAAGUAUUAUCCACUAAGGACGAUUUAAUAAAACUACAACAGAAAUUGGAAGCGGAGGAGUAUGAUGAGGAUGAAAUUGCUACGAUUAUUAAAAAUUAUGGUUUGACUAAGAAGGCAAAGGGGAUAAAGAAAAGUGUAGUAGAAACUAAAAUUACCUUUGAUGAUUAUGUGGAGUGUCUGGAGACCUAUAAGCGCAAAACUACAUCUCAAAAUUUGAUUCGUACGGAUAAACAUCAAGUUUAUUCCAUAACGCAGUCGAAAAUUGCUCUAAGUCCUGAGGAUGAUAAGAGAUACCUGAUUCCUGACUCAUUUAACACUCUACCGUGGGGCCAUUAUGCUAUCAAUAAGCCUCAAGAUGUUGAACAGAUGGAAGUUGAUUAA